CCGGUAAAUAAUUCCCACUGUGCAGUUGAUGAUUUUUUUUUUAAUAAUUAGUUGUAAAUAAUAAUUAAUUUUAAAUAAAUAAAUAAUUAAACUAAAAAACAAUAAAUCAAAAUGACGAAUAAAAUAAAAGUCAAAGAUAAAUUAGAAGAUGAUACGUUAGAUUUAAGUUUUUGUGAUCUGCAAGAAGUACCGAUACGUGAAAUUGUGGCAAUUAAAAAAGCAACCCGAUUGGACCUGUCAAAUAAUUCACUAGUUUCUAUUCCUAAUACGAUAGUAAGUCUUACAAAUAUUAUAAAACUUGAUUUAAGUAAAAAUAUGUUGACUGAGAUACCUGAAAAUAUUGGAGAAAUGAGACAGUUACGACAUUUAGAUCUUUAUAGUAAUCAGAUAAGUAGAUUACCAUUGAGUUUGGGAGAGUUAAAAAAUCUUAAAUGGCUGGACUUGAAGGACAACCCACUGACAGCAGCCGUUGCUAGUGUCGCUGGACCCUGUAGUAACAGCAGUGACUGCCAAGCAUGUGCUAGAAAUAUCGUAGCUUAUUUGUCUCAAGUAAAGCAGUCUAUUGAAGAGGAAAAAGUCCGCAGGAAGACAGCUGUCACAGAGGUUCCUGUUAAAAAGGAGGCGAAGAAGAAAAAGAAGAAGAAUGUUGAAAAAAUAGUUAAAGAAUCUCCAGCUACUGAAGUUUUUACAGCAGAUGUUAAAAAUGGUGAGGUAGAGCAUGAAAUUAUUACCGCUAAGGAAAGUCACCGAGGAUUCUGCAGUGUCAUCACUCGGAUUUUAUUGUCGACUAUUUUGGUAACUUUGUUCCUUGGGAUUUUAUUUGUGGCGUUGAUGAUAUUUUUACCUAAAUACGAUGAAACUUUGUCGGAUAUUAUCACAAAUUAUCUGGAAGCUCAAACAAAAUUGCCUGUUAAAUAUUACCAAGAGUUGGCUAUAAUUAAAAAAAAUUUAAUCGCUGAAGAAAUCGUUAUUCGUUCAAAAAAAUUUAUAGUAAUAGGAGCUAAUUAUUAUGGUAAAAUUGUUGGUUAUUUAUCUGAUAAAUUUAAUGAAUAUUUUAAAUGAAGUGUUGGUUAAUUUAAAAUGAUAUAUUUGUUUUUGAAUUUCCUGACAAUGCUCAUUAAUAAAUCAGGAAUUAUUUAUGAAUAAAAGACUUACAGCC